AUGCCUUGUUACCACAAAUUCAUGUCUACAUUUCUCUGCUCUCUUCUAUUUUAUUCCCUCUGCUUGACAUUGACAUGCUCAGCUGAAUCCUCUGGCGGCAUCACCCUCGACUUCUUCCACCGCGACUCGCGCCAUUCGCCUUCGUACGACCCUUCUAGCACGCGUUUCCAACGCCUAAGACACGCGUUCGACCGCUCCUUGUCAAGAAAAUCAUGGUUGACGGCGGCCUUGCAUUCAACAUCCACGAAGGCCUUAGUCGGUCCGAUCAGCCGUGUGGGGUACGAGUACCUGAUGAAGAUCAAGGUUGGGACACCCCCCGUCGAACAGAUAGCCAUCACUGACACGGGAAGCGACCUAACAUGGAUCCAGUGCAAUCCCUGCAUACACUGCUACAACCAAACUCUCCCACUCUUCGAUCCAUCUCGCUCAUUGUCUUACCGGCCGGUCUCGUGUGGGUCCCACCAUUGCACCGCAUCAUCCGGAUCGUGUGGAAGCAAAAACACCUGCCAAUACGAGUUCCGGGCCGCAGACGGUUCAUAUAGCUAUGGCGAACUUGCAACGGAAACCCUAACCUUCGACGGAGGAGUAUCCUUCCCUAACAUGGCCUUCGGUUGCGGUCGCGAGAACGGCUACCCUAUAAGCAUCAGUACCGCAUCAGGGAUCGUCGGCCUUGGGGCCGGCUCGACCUCCAUCAUAAACCAGCUAAAAAAAUCCAUAGGCGGCAAGUUCUCUUAUUGCUUGACUUUGCGAGACUCCAAUGCCACUAGCAAGAUCAGCUUUGGAGGUAGCGCUGUCGUGGCCGGGCCUAAAGUCGUCUCAACACCAUUACUAUGGAACUCAGCAGACACAUUCCACUACCUCAUACUGGAAGGACUCAGCGUUGGGAGAGAGAGGGUCGGCGGCGUGAAUGUGGGCUCCUUUAACGAGGGAAACACCAUCAUCGACUCAGCGACGACACUGUCGUUCGUUCCCGAUGAGAUGUACAACAAGGUGGAGGCGGCACUAAAGGACGCUGUCAAGGGUGAGCGCGUAGAGGAUCCGCAAAAGGAGUUCGGGUUGUGCUAUAAGAAGGGGGGUGGGUUCAGGUCGUCACCACCUAUCACAGCUCAUUUCAAGAAUGCAGACGUAGUUUUGGCACAAGAGAGCAUUUUUCUUGAGGUGGAGAAAGGGAUUGUUUGUUUCACACUGUUGCCGUCGCAUCUUGAGGAUUUUGCUAUCUUUGGGAAUCUGCAUCAGAUGGAUUACCGGAUUGGGUUUGAUCUUGAAAAGAGACAAGUCAACUUUCUGCCUACAGAUUGCUCCACCUCACAAUGA